GUUCGUCUUUGGUUGUGAGCGACAGAAAGUCUCGAACACUUUCAGAUCCCACGGAGCAAGGCCAACUAAUAUCUUUUGCCCAAGUAACGCAAACACCACCCUCGCUUGAUCAAGUUUUCGACUUCGAGUCAUUUGAGUGGAAUUUGAACGCGGUCCCUGCUACCAUAAUAAUGCCCCCCGAAUACGAAGCCGUGCCAUUCUUCUUCAAGAACUUCAUAGCUCUACCACAACAAGCCGAAUCUACCCGUGGCUUCCUAGAAUAUCUCGUUCCAUUGUACAACAAAGCGCGUCCCUCAUCUGUCCUUCAUCUUGCAACCACCGCCGUCGCAAUGGCAACAUGCGGGCAGUACCCUGGCCGACAAGACCUCCUCCGCGAAGCAGUUUCCACAUAUGGCAGGGCUCUCAAGAAACUCAACGAUGAUCUCAAAGAUCCUGUGAUGUCGAAGAGCGAUGAGACGGUACUCGCUAUUCUCAUGUUCUCUUUGUAUGAAACAAUUAUGAGUACCGAUGACACAAUCACAGCAUGGGGAAACCAUGUCGAUGGCGCCGUGGCCCUGACCAAACUUAGAGGCACAGAUCAAUUCAAGGAUGAGAUGAGCCACGCCAUAUUCCGAGCUGUUCGAACAAUGAUGAUCACAAGCUGUGUCCAACGUUCUAAACCGGUAGUCGAGUUCCCAGGAACCAAAGGCUGGGUCGGCAAUGGCGAAUUUGAUGAUGAAAACGUCGCGAAUCGCCUCACACUCAUCUGCAUCGACCUCCCAAGUCUUCGUGCGCGAGCAAAUAACCUUACUACAACGCCCCACGACUCCAGCAACGAGUCUGAGGCAAGACAAAUCCUUGAGUUUGCGCAAAUGGUAGACGGAAAUCUUGCUGAGUGGUACGCUACUUUACCAACAGAAUGGAAGCACACCACCAUUGGAAUCGUGAGCGAAGUGCCUGCGAUAGAAGAUCUCGCGGUCACUGAGAAGUGGCCGGGCGAACAGCAUAUCUACAAUGAUGUACCAUUGGCCAGCAUCGUCAACGAUUACCGUGUGUGCCGCAUCUUCUGCAGGCGAGUCAUAAUAGCCUGCCUUAACUGGUUAAGCAUUUCCGGACACAUCGAUGAAACGCGAGAGUACAAUCAGUCUCUGUUCGUCAUCCAAAAGAUGGUCGACGACAUCAGCGCUUGUGUACCUUUCCAUUUGGACUACGAAUUGCAGGUAGUAGCGAAGGAGAUGGGCCAAGAGCAGAAUGCUGCAGAAGCAUUCGGAGGAUACUCACUCGUUUGGCCUCUGUACGUUGCCGCAAAUGCUGAAACAGUACCGCAGGCACAGCGCGAUUGGCUAUUCGGUCGAUUGUCCGUCAUAGGCGACAUGAAGGAAGGAAAGGAAGGAAGGAAGGAAGGAAGGAAGGAAGGAAGGAAGGAAGGAAGGAAGGAAGGAAGGAAGGAAGGAAGGAAGGAAGGAAGGAAGGAAGGAAGGAAGGAAGGAAGGAAGGAAGGAAGGAAGGAAGGAAGGAAGGAAGGAAGGAAGGAAGGAAGGAAGGAAGGAAAGGAAGGAAGGAAGGAAUAG